AGUAGGGACAGAAAGACAGGCAGAGCUAAAAAAAAAAAAAAAAAAAAGUCCCAGAGAACAUUACGACAUAAACAACAUGGCUUCGCUGCUUGCAUUUUCUCGUGUCUUCAGAAAAGGCGUCUUACCAAAAUCUAUCUCUGCAGUUCGUCCAACCAGCAAACGUAAGCUUCAUUUCUCCAUUUAUGGAAAAAGAGAUGCUAAAGUUUCAGAUUCUAUAUCCAAGCAUUACCCAGUGGUAGAUCAUGAGUUUGACGCAGUUGUGGUGGGAGCAGGUGGUGCUGGACUACGGGCUGCAUUUGGGCUUUCAGAGGCUGGCUUCAAUACAGCAUGCAUCACCAAACUGUUUCCCACUCGCUCCCACACAGUGGCAGCACAGGGUGGAAUUAAUGCAGCCCUUGGUAACAUGGAGGAAGACGAUUGGCGUUGGCACUUUUAUGACACAGUAAAAGGAUCUGAUUGGUUAGGGGACCAGGAUGCCAUUCACUAUAUGACAGAACAAGCCCCGGCUGCUGUGGUUGAGUUGGAGAACUUUGGCAUGCCAUUUAGCCGUACAGAGGAUGGAAAAAUCUAUCAGCGGGCUUUUGGAGGCCAGAGUCUGAAAUACGGGAAAGGAGGUCAGGCUCACAGAUGCUGCUGUGUUGCUGACAGGACGGGUCACUCUCUUUUGCACACACUCUAUGGGCGGUCUCUAAGGUAUGACACAAGUUAUUUUGUGGAGUAUUUUGCCCUGGACAUGCUGAUGGAGGGAGGACAAUGCCUAGGAGUUAUUGCCUUGUGCAUGGAGGAUGGCUCUAUUCACCGAUUCAGGGCCAAAAACACAGUCAUUGCCACAGGUGGUUAUGGGCGCACUUAUUUUAGCUGCACUUCGGCCCACACUAGUACAGGAGAUGGUAAUGCCAUGGUCACACGUGCUGGCCUGCCAUGUCAGGAUUUGGAGUUUGUUCAGUUUCACCCCACAGGAAUCUAUGGGGCUGGUUGCCUGAUCACAGAAGGCUGUCGUGGUGAGGGUGGAAUUUUAAUUAACAGUGAAGGUGAGAGGUUUAUGGAACGCUAUGCUCCAAAUGCUAAAGAUUUGGCCUCAAGAGAUGUGGUCUCGCGUUCCAUGACCAUUGAAAUCCGAGAAGGAAGAGGUGUUGGACCAGAGAAAGACCAUGUGUACCUUCAGCUCCACCACCUUCCACCUCAGCAGCUGGCUGCUCGUCUACCUGGUAUCUCUGAAACAGCAAUGAUAUUUGCUGGAGUGGAUGUCACAAAAGAGCCAAUACCAGUCUUGCCCACAGUCCAUUACAACAUGGGAGGCAUUCCUACUAACUACAAGGGACAGGUCAUUACUUACAAGGAUGGUAAGGAUACAGUUGUUCCAGGGUUGUAUGCCUGUGGUGAAUCUGGUUGUGCAUCUGUUCAUGGUGCCAAUCGCUUAGGAGCAAACUCACUGCUGGAUCUUGUGGUCUUUGGCCGUGCUUGUGCCCUCACCAUUGCUGAGAACAACACUCCAGGAGAGAAGCUUGUACCUCUGAACUCUAAUGCAGGAGAGGAAUCAGUUGCUAACCUGGACAAAAUACGCUUUGCUAACGGCACUACAAGAACCUCUGAGAUAAGGCUUAGUAUGCAAAAGACCAUGCAGUCUCAUGCAGCAGUGUUCCGUACUGGAGAAGUCCUAAAAGAAGGAUGCAUUAAGAUGGAUGCCCUAUAUCAGACAUUGGAUGAUGUUAAGACGUUUGAUAGAGGUAUUGUUUGGAACACUGACCUGGUGGAGACUUUAGAGCUACAAAACCUAAUGCUGAAUGCUGUACAGACAAUCCAUGCAGCUGAGGCUCGCAAAGAAAGCAGGGGGGCUCAUGCCCGUGAAGAUUUUAAAGAGCGUGUGGAUGAGUAUGACUAUUCAAAGCCACAGCAGGGUCAGCAAAAGAGACCUUUUGAUCAGCAUUGGAGAAAGCACACACUGUCCUAUGUAGAUCCAAAGACAGGAAAGGUCACUCUGGAAUACAGACCUGUGAUUGAUGACUCUCUAAAUGCCGAAGCUUGUGCUGCCAUUCCACCUGCCAUCCGUUCAUAUUAAAUUAAACUCCACAUAAUUGUCUCCAAACUAUGUUUAUUAAUAAUUAAUGCUUUAGAUUACUAUAAAUAGAUCAGUUCCAUAAUAUUAAACUUCAUAAAAAGUUGUUACUAAAGUGA